UUUUGAGGAAAAAAUGGGCAGAAUCAGACUGCAGGUCAACUCCAAGUUGGAGAACCAGAAGCAGGUAUGUUAAACGUUAGCGCAUUGCAAAGCGGUGAAGCCGAACCGGGAACUUGGCCGAGCUAGAAUGAUUUACCUGAACCUUUUAGUAUUCUAACAACUGCCAAAACCAAACCAGCAGUUUUUGAAUUGGUUUGGCCGGUUAGUGAACAAAUGCACUUUCAACCCGCUUACAGCACUGCUACUUUGGCGCUUCGCUCAAUUUCAAUACUAACCUUUAGAUUGCUGUGAUCCUCACCGCCGUGGAAGAAAACAUCCAGGAGCAAAAGCAAUCCCUCUCCCCUGUCGCUUACUUUAUCUCCUUCCUCUCCCUCUUGGACGAAUCCAUCAACGACAAACAGGUUAUCGUUAACAAGGACCUCCUUGUCUCCGCAACCUACAUGUUAAACAUCGUCUUCGAAUAUGUUCCUAAGCCGCUUUUGAGACAAAACUUUGCCAAAAUCUUGGCCAAGUUGGGUGCCGUCAUCACCGCUCUGGAGGUGGAUGCUCCCAUCAUGAGAGCCACCAUCGGUGCCUUGGAAACCUUAUUGAUCGCGCAGGACCUCACCGCGUGGAACAACCACCACCUCAGCGUCACCCCACAGAGAGGGUUGCUCGGGUUGCUCGAGUUGUCCUUGGACGCCCGCCCAAAGGUCAGAAAGAGUGCCCAGGAAGCUGUCCACAAAGUGUUGGCUAACCCGCCUCCAGGCCCCUCCUUAGAGCACUUGGCCUCCAAGUUGUGCGCCGAGUUUGCCCUCACCAAGAUUGUCGAGUUGAUCCAGGCCAAGCAGGCCUCGAAGAAGAGAGACAACAAGGAGAUCAACGCCCUGUUGAUCCACAACCUCGCCUUGAUCAGUGCCAUCACUUCCUCCAACAACUGGCCAAACAAGGAGAUCGAGCCCUUGUGUGACGUGCUUUUGGAAAUCUCCAAGACCCCAGACCAGUACCUCGUGUCCGCCGCGUUCUCCGCGUUCGAGGGUCUCUUCAACUCCAUGACCUCUGAGAUCGAUGCCGACAAGUUCAUGCGCGUGUUGAGCAUCAUUUUCGACUUGAAGCCACCUGUCAACGACUCCCACUUGGCCGCCUCGUGGAUUGCCGUCGUCGCCAAGGCGCUUGCGGCCUACUCCAAGCUCGACGCCUUGAGCUGUUUUGGCAAGUUGCCGGAGAUUGUUCAGCUUGUAGCCGGCUUCUUGAGCUCGGAAAUGUCCGACAUCUACGUCUCUGCCUCUCAGUGCAUGAUCGCCCUUGUCACCGAGUGUGUCCCAGACCAGCUAUUGCUCUUGCCAGCGUCGAACAACGAAGUCACCGCUGAGGUCUACGAAGCCGUUGACGACGUCAUCUCCCAGUUAUCCGACAUCUUCGUGGAGCUCCUCUCCGUCAAGUACACCCACUGCGCCAAGGAGGUCAUGGAAGUGCUCUGCGCCAUUCUCCAAAAGUUGCGCUUUAGAGCCAACCCGGACUUUAUCAAGCCAGUGGCCAUUGUCGGCGAGUGGAGAUCCAACGAGCAGUCCUUCCAGUUGAAGACCGAGGCCGACGCUGUCAUUGCCUCCGCCAUCUCUGUGCUUGGCCCGGAGGUUGUCUUGUCCUCCUUACCGUUGAACUUGAUCGACCCGAAGCCAAAUAAGCCGGGUAGAGCGUGGUUGCUCCCAUUGUUGAGGGACAAUAUCCGCAACGCCCGCUUGGGCUUCUUCAAGGGUACUUUCAUCCCGCUCAUCAGACAGUUCGAGGAGAAGGUUGCCACCUUGGAGCCAAACUCCGUCCACGUCAAGAUCUUCCAGACCAUUGUCGACCAGAUCUGGUCCUUGUUGCCACACUUCUGCGACUUGCCGACCGACUUGGUUGCUUCUGUCACUGACAGCUUCUUGCAAAACUUGGGGUCUCUCUUGUACGCCAACGUGGCCUUGAGAUCCUCCAUCUGCUAUGCCCUCAAGAUGAUGGUUGACUCCAACUUGACCUACGCCUCCGGUGCUCUUGCCGACGACAUUUUGUUGCAGCAGCAGUUCCCCGAAGUCGUGGCCAAAGCCAAUGUUGAGUACCUCUCCACCAAGGCUAACAACAUCUUGUCCGUGUUGUUCAAUGUCUACUCCCAGACCGUCCCAGAGUCCAGAGGGUUCAUCUCCGAGACUAUCGACUCCUACUUGCAGAUCAUUCCCGCUGCUGACUUGGAAGCCACCUUCAACAAGGUCUGUGGCUUAUUGAAGAACGCGUUGGACCAGGAGGCAACCACCCCGACCGCCAAGGGCGACAUUGCCUUGUCUCUUACCAUGAUGGACUUGGUGGUGGCCAUGGCCAAGUACGUGCCGGCCUCUUGCCACAACGCCUUGUUCAGUAUCUUCUCCUCCACCGUGUCCAACUCUGACAACUUGAUGCAGAAGAGAACCUAUAGAAUCAUCUCCAACUUGAACGAGACAGACGCCGGAAAGCAGUCCUUGCUCCAGUUCGGCGCCGAGAUCCAGAACGUGUUGGUUCAGGCGCCAGAGACUGUCGACUCCGCCAGGGUUGCCAGAUUGAGGGCCAUCUUCACCAUGAUCGAGCUCCUUCCGGCUUCCGACUUGGUGUUUAUUCCCGCAAUCUUGCCAAAAAUCAUCUUCUCCAUCAAUGAUGCCAACUCCAAGACCAGAGAAGUCGCCUUUGAGACCUUGAUCUUGAUGGCGGAAAAGAUGAUUGCCGGUGGUGUCAUCGAGAACAGCAAGCUUCCGGGGAUGGAAGCGGGCACCCCAAACACUGAGGCCUCGUUGAAGGAGUUCAUGGUCAUGGUCGUUGCCGGUUUGGCCGGUGAGAGUGUCACCAAAAAGAGAACCAUCACCGCGUUGGGUCUCAUCAUCUACAAGUUCAAGGGCCAGAUUAAUAACGACACCUUGGUCGACAUCUGUGUGAUGGUGGAGGAUUUCUGUUUGCUCGCUGAGAGCAGAGACAUUGCCAAGGCUGCCAUCGGUUUCGUCAAGAACGAGGUUUUGUCCCUUCCAGAAGAGAUCUUGCGCUCCAGGUGUAAGACCGUGUUGGAGAAGUUGUUGAAGGCUUCCAACACCCACCAGCGUGCGUUCAACUCCAAGAUCAAGCACAUUAUCGAGAGAUUGAUCAGAAGAUUUGGCAUGGAGUUUGUGGAGAGAAACAUGCCGGAAGACGACUACAAGUUGUUGACCAACAUCAGAAAGACCAGAGAGAGAUCUAAGAGACAGAAGGAGGAGGGCGAGAACGAAGAGAAGAAGGAGAAGAAGAAGUUUGCGUCUGCAUACGAAGAAGCCUUAUACGACUCUGAUUCCGACGAGUCCGAAGCCGAGGACGCUCCAAAGGGUAAGAAGGGCAAGGCCAACCAGUUUAUCUUGGAAUCCGAUGAACCUCUUAACUUGUUGGAUCGCCAAGCUUUGGCUCACAUCUCUUCCUCCAAGCCAAAGAAAUUUUCCAAGAGAGAGCCUGCUGCCAAGUCCAAGUUUGACAAGAACGGCAAGCUUGUGUUUAGAGAGGAUGGAAAGACUGAUGACGAUCCGUUGUUGAACAAGGACAGUAUCUCCGCCUAUAUUGAUGCUAUCAAGAGUGGCCCGGUAAGAGGCCAGAAGGGUAAGCUCAAGUUCAAGAAGAGCAAGGGUGAUGAUGACUUUAGUGACGACGAGGCUCCGGCCAAGCCAAGAGCUAAGGUCAUGGGCAAGGGUGGCAUCUCCAAGCCAAGACAGCAGCAGUCCAGAAAGAAGUUCUAAGCAACUAUUGUGCCUUUUCUGGUGCUCUGCAUCCGCAUAUUUGUAUUUUUAUUUCAUUUCGUGUACUUGGGUUCUCCCAUUUUUAUAAUCCACAAUAGCUUUCCAAUGGGGACGAGGGCAGGCUCUAU